AUGACUUUAAAAAAUUGCCUACCACACAUUCGCUAUUUUCAACUUUCUAAUGAAGAUAUAUGGAAAAAUGUCAGACCAUACAGGAAGAUUCUUAAUAAACAACUCUGGGAUGAUAUAAUACAACGCUCAAUGAUUCCGGAAGAUCCAGUUAUUUUAUCUAUUUUACCAAAGAGAUUGAUAAUUAUUCCAGAGAUUCCAAAAAGAAUUGAGUCAAAUAUCAUCAAUUGUGAACAUGUAUCAGAGAUCUCGACGUGGAUUGACCGUAAUAAUGUAUCAUAUUCAAUAAGAAACACACCAUAUGAGUUUCAAUUGAUUUUAAGGGGAAGUCGUGAUGGAUUUAAUCCCAAAACUUUUUGGGACAUGUGCCAUGGUCAUGAAAAGACGGUAUUAAUUUUAAAAGUAGCAGGAACAGAUGAAAUUAUUGGUGGAUAUAAUCCAAUGAAGUGGGAUAAAACUUAUGAGGAAGAGGAUGAAUGGAUAAAGACAAGUGAUAGUUUUAUUUUCUCCUUAAAAAAUGAUAGCAUUAAAGAAUCAAUUCUUAGUCGCAUAAAGAAUCCAUAUAGGGCCGUUAUUAACAGUCAUUUGGAAGAUCAGGAAACUUUUGGUCCAAUUUUUGGCUGUGAUGAAAUAUGCAUGAUGACAAGGAUGUCUGAUUUCACCAAAGGGGAGAGCUAUUGUGAUGAAUCAAGUAUUUAUGAAAAAAAUAUCAGAAAAACAACCAAUAAAUUUAGUAUCGUCGAUUAUGAAGUAUUCAAGAUAGUUAAAUUGGAAGAGAUCAAUAAUUCGUAA